AUGAUGACUUUUUUUAGCGGUAUCAAGAAAUUAUGUACUGAUGGUAUCCGUGCCAUUGUAAACGGAAAUGAAAAACAUUAUUUUGGUGCGCUAUUUUUCACCAUCGGCGAUUAUCCUGCCCAACAAGCGAUACAUGGACGUAAAGAAUCGGUGGCAGCAAACCGAUUUUGUCCUGCAUGUGAUAUUCCAGUCGAUUGUGCUUUGAACGAUUAUAAUGAUGCGUGUCAAAUAAUUGAAACUAUGGUACGUGGAGGGAACAAAGUUUUAGCAGAUUUUUGGCGAAAAUUCCAUGGCAUAAACAAGCGAAGCAGUUUCUCAACCUUGCCACAUUUUGAUGUUACAAUGCAAGUACUAUCUCACAGUGGGCAUUUUUUGCAAGAGCAAGCGGACUUUAGCUUUAUGAGUGAACUAAAAUUUCAUGAACCAUCUUUUUAUAGGUUUUUCAUGAUCCUCUUUCUAAUGGCAUGAGAGUUGGGUUUUAAAAAAGUUUUCUAAGGAGU